CCGGGCCAGCGGCCGGGCGCGGGGAGGUGAAGGCCACCGUGCCCGUGGGGCUGGACCUACCCGAAGAUGGGGCCGGGGCUGUGAAAUCCGUCUUUGCGGGAUGUCGGGGCCCAUCUGGACGGUCUCCGGGAGCCCCCUGGCACCCACGUUCAUUCCGGGAACAGACGAAUUUUGCACCAGGCCUCUGUACAGACAGACAGUCACAGGCCUGCCCAGCCCUGCGGGGGGGUCGGUGAGGAGACAGACAGCGAGCAGGCUUCUGACAGGACCCAGGCCUGCUUAGUCACCUCAGCCCCUGGCCUCACCGCAUUCUACUGCCCCCCCUCCCGCAGCCAGAGGACCUAAUGAACAUGCAGCACUGCAACCUCCUGUGCCUGCCAGAGAACUACCAGAUGAAAUACUACUUCUACCACGGCCUCUCCUGGCCCCAGCUCUCUUACAUCGCCGAGGAUGAGAAUGGGAAGAUUGUGGGGUACGUCCUGGCCAAAAUGGAGGAAGACCCCGAUGACGUGCCCCAUGGACACAUCACCUCACUGGCUGUGAAGCGUUCCCACCGGCGCCUCGGCCUGGCUCAGAAGCUGAUGGACCAGGCGUCCCGAGCCAUGAUCGAGAACUUCAAUGCCAAAUACGUCUCUCUGCACGUCAGGAAGAGUAACCGGGCCGCCCUGCACCUCUAUUCCAACACCCUCAACUUUCAGAUCAGUGAAGUGGAGCCCAAAUACUAUGCAGAUGGAGAAGAUGCGUAUGCGAUGAAGCGGGAUCUCACCCAGAUGGCCGAAGAGCUGAGGCGGCACUUGGAGCUGAAGGAAAAGGGCAGGCACACGGUGCUGGGCUCCAUCGAGAACAAGGCGGAGAGCAAGGGCAACUCACUUCCAAGCUCGGGAGAGGCCUGUCGUGAGGAGAAGGGCCUGGCUGCCGAGGAUAGCGGUGGUGACAGCAAGGACCUCAGCGAGGUCAGCGAGACCACAGAGAGCACUGACGUCAAGGACAGCUCAGAAGCCUCUGACUCGGCCUCCUAGAACCAGCCUUCAAGUGCUCCUCCCUCCGCCCCGGCCUGCCCAUCCCAUCCUCACCCUUGGAAGUUUCACAAUAAACUUCACCCAGCGGC